UUUUUCUUAAAGCGGAAAUGAAAAUGUCGAAUUUGUUCGUAGGAAAUCAUAAGUCAUAAUAAUAAAUAUAUAUUCAGCUAAGGCACUAUGUGUGGAAGAGCGUAUAGUGGCAUGUACGCAAUGUACUGUAUUCUAGUUCUUUUGACCACAGUGGUUGCAGCAUAUGGUUGUUUAACAGAAAUAUUAGAUCAUGGCUUGUCUCUUAAGGAAGCUGGUCUGUUUCUGAUCUCAUUUUACUGCAUGUCUUUGUUAUUUAUUAUAUGCAAUGCAGCGCACCAGACAUCACAUAAAAUGGGUCCUGAAUUUAGAGAGAGAUUAUUAAACGUGAAUUUAGGUGCUGUGGACCGAAGAACUCGCCAAGAAGUAAAUAUGUUUCUUACAGCUAUUGACAAGAAUCCUCCAAUAAUGAAUCUAAAUGGUUAUGCAAAUAUUAACAGGAGACUCAUAUCAUCGGCUACUACCUCGAUGGCAACCUAUUUAGUUAUGCUUAUGCAGUUUCGUUUAUCUUUGAUGAGAAAUGCUGCUAUAGCAGCCAGAAAAGCGGCUAUGUUAAACGCAACUCUAGAAAAUGCGUCACACUAA